UGGAAUGGGCUUUAAAUCCCCCUGCCAAUAUUCAGUAAUCAACUUUCUUGGAUCUAAUGGUUAUUACCGAACAUUGGGUGUUUUUAUGGAGGAGAUUAAUAAGCCUAAACCAGUCCAACAACCGCCAGAACCUCCUAUAUUGCCUAGACAACAAAUGCCAACCCUACCUGAUGCGGGUUUAGAAAUACCACCACAUCCACAUGAACAUGAAAAACGAAAAUUAAUUCAACAACAACUUGUGCUUCUUUUGCAUGCUCAUAAAUGUCAACAGAGAGACAAGUUGAACCUGCAUUACCGUUGUCAACUUCCUUAUUGUGAAACAAUGAAAGGUGUUUUGGAACACAUGGUUAAAUGCACAUCUGGACGUCAAUGUGUAUUUGCUCAUUGUGCUUCCUCCCGACAAAUAAUUUCUCAUUGGAAAAAUUGUGCUAAAGAAGAUUGUCCUGUGUGUAAUCCUGUUAAAAAAUAUACAUUUCAAGGUGGUUUUACUGCACGAGAGCAAGGUAGUCAUUUUUGGAAUAUCCGAAUGCUAGUUAGGAAUUUAAUGGAAUAGUCAGUCUGCAUAUCCCAAAGAGAAAACUUCAACUUAGCGUGAAGCUCAGAUGCCUCC